GAUCUCCUCCACCAGGAGGCAGCAGCUCGUCUGGGCCAGUCCCUUCCCCGCCCUUUGCUACCGUAGAAGGACUUUGUUUUACUUUCACAAUCACUGUUAGAAAGAGGUGAAGUUCCUUCUCGCAGAGGCGCUGUCCCACGUGUUAUGUUGAGCCUUGAGGGGCCAUGGCGGAUGCUCACAGCAACAGGAAGGAAACAUCCACUCUCCGUUUGAUCCGUUCCUUUCCAGAUGAGAAGCUGAAGGAAAUCCGUGCUGAGUUUGUGAGCUGUGCUAACAAGACUCUCAUCAGCCAGCUCCUGGAUAAACUUCUCCAGGAAGGAGUCCUGAACGAGGAGGAGGCAGAUGAGGUGAAGGAGAACAUGAAGAAGCAGGACCAGGCAAGGAUCUUGAUCGACCAUGUGAGGAGGAAGGGUCCCAGAGCCAGCCAGAUAUUCAUCCAUGCCCUCCAGUGCCAAGACAGCUUCUUGGCUGAAGAACUAAGGCUUCAAGUCCCUCCUCCAGAGCAACAGGCUCGUUUGCCCCUCCAGGAAGUUGGCCCAAGGGCCGUCCCCUCAGCAAAAGCACCCCAGCUGCAGGAGACCAGCGAUGGGCUCACGCUUUGCCCCCUGGACCUCUUUCAGAAAAUACAAGCUGAGGAAAAGGACGAGAUCUACCCGAUCAAGGACAAAGAGACACGCACCCGACUGGCCUUGGUAAUCUGCAACAUUGUUUUUGAGCACUGUAGCAAAAGGGAUGGAGCCGAGGUGGAUCUGGCCGAGAUGAAGAUUCUCCUGGAAGGGCUGGGAUACAGGGUGGAAACCGAGACCAACUUAUGCUCACAAGACAUGGCCAGGCGCUUAAAGAGCUUCGCAGCCCAGGAGGAACACAAGACCUCCGAUAGCACCUUUGUGGUGCUCAUGUCUCACGGCCUCCGGGAAGGCCUGUGCGGGGUGAAGCACGAGGACUCGUGCCGAGAUCUCCUCUCCGUGGACACGGUCUUCUCCACCUUCAACAACAAGAACUGCCCGGCUCUGAGGGGGAAGCCCAAGGUCAUUGUCAUCCAGGCCUGCCGUGGCGAGAAUAAAGGAUUUGCAUAUGUGAGCGACUCGGCAACACCUUCGGCCGCCCCCCUCAGCCCUGUCCAGUGGCCGGAAGAAGAUUUUGAGAGCGAUGCCAUUCAUAAAGUACACGUGGAAAGCGACUUCAUCUGCCUCUAUUCCACAACCCCAGAUAAUGUAUCCUGGAGAAGCCCCAAAACUGGAUCUCUCUUCAUCACGCAGCUGAUCAAAGAUAUCAAGGAACAUGCCUGGAACUGCAACCUGGAGGAGAUCUUCAGAAAGGUCAUGCAGUCCUUUGAAAAAAACCCGCGCCAGAUGCCCUCUAAGGACCGAACCACCCUGACCAAAAAGCUUUACCUUUUCCCAGGGCACUAAAACUUGAGCGAAAGGGCAGCAUUCUGAGUCCCUCCCAGCUGCUGUGGACAAUCAAAUACAGUGGGACCUCGGUUUUCAAACGUAAUCCGUUCCGGAAUUCCAUUUUGACUUCCGAAAUGUUCAGAAUACGAGGAUCAAAGGGCUGCCAACAAGUUCAAUGGGGAAAACUGAAAAAUGUGUCUCGAAAGCCGUUCGACUUCCGAGGCGUGUUCGAAAACGGAAGCAUUUAUCUUCUGGGUUUUCGGCGUCCGGCUUCUGAAACGUUCGGCAGCCAUGAUGUUCGGAAAUCAAGGUUUGACUGUAUUUGCAAGUUUUGACUGCAGCAUUGCUUAAGCUCAUUUUCAAACACCUUCCUUCCACCUCCCAAAUCUCUUAUUGUGGCACAUCCUUGAUCAUGAUCUCUCUCUGCACAUGAGUGAUGCCACCAUGGCCAGCUCUAAGGCAAGCUCGGGGGGCGCAGGGCCGCCAGGGGGGCGCCGCGCGGCUGCGCCCGCCCGCCGCGGUGAGAAAUGGGGCGAGGGCGCGCGCCGGAGCGAUCAUCGCACCAUAGUGCCAGGGCACCCGACAUGCUUAAGACGACCCUGGAUGCCACCCACCUCUUCAGAUCCCUCCUCACAGAUUUAAGAAGAGCCAUGCAGCUGAAUCCGACCUCUAGCUCAGCUUCCACAGGCAACCAGAUAUCCCUUCUGGGAAGCCCCAAAGCAGGAGAUAACUGCAACGGCCACACUCUUCUCACUUGCGAUUCCCAGCAACUGGUAUUAAUCGGGGGGCAUACUACCUCUGACAGAAUUGCUUC